AUGGCGGCUGCUAACGAGGACGGACCCGAGCUCAUGAUCCACAAAAACAACCAGUCCUGCAUCAAAAUGACCAAGAAUCCGGUCAACCACGGCCGCGCCAAGCACAUCGACAUCAAUUGCCAUCACAUCCGUGAUGAGGUCAAGCGCGGUGAAGUGAAGCUCGAGUAUUGCGAGACUUCCAUGAUAAUGGCGGACAUCAUGACCAAGGGACUUGCGGGACCUCGUCACAAGAACUUGACGACAGCUCUCGACAUCUGUGCGUGUUCGAAUUGA